AUGAUAAGGAGGCCUCUUGACUACGAUCCGUUACCUCAUCAUCGAGUGUGCUCCAGGCAUUUUAUUGACAGCCACAAUGUCCCUGAAUUAUUUCCAUGGAACAAUUAUAAAGUUUUUACACCAAGACGCAGUGCAGUUUCAAUUACAAAAAGAGAGGCUGACCUGACAGUGAACCCCACGUCAUCCAUGUCCAUCUUUGAGCAUAAUGAGGAAAUAUCAGAAUUACCUACGCUCGUAGAGGACACACUAUCAGAAGAGGUAACUAAGUGUGACAGCACUUUGUUUAUUGAUGAUGGUGCUGGGUCUAGAGUUCUUCCAGUUGCCAGUUGCAUCAAUGUUACAACAUCAAGGAGUUAUUCUAAAGAAAAAACAGAUCUACCCAGCUAUCAGCAAUUGCUUGAACACAGCUACAGCGUAGCGUCUACAGGUACUAUGAAGUCCAUGGGGUGUGAUUCAUUGUUUACUGACCCUGGCAUACAGACAGAGAUGAGCCUCGCAAGUAUCAAUGACAUUUUCUCAGAAAAUGAAGAGCUGAAGAAAAUAAUUGAUGAUAAAGAUACUUUAUUUAAAGACAUUUUCUUAGAAAAAUGUACCAAGAGUAAUGAUUCAGUUAGAAAGUUUACAGGAUUACCAAGCUUAAAAAUCUUCAACACAAUUAAAGAUGCUGUAGUCAAUUUUGAUAUCAAUAUUAAGUAUUGGACAGGAAGUGAGAGUGAGACAGAGAAGCGUUAUCAAAAUCAGGGGAAAAAACCUGGACAUACCAGGAAACUUUCACGAUCAGAUGAAUUCAUUUUAACAUUGGUACGCUUAAGGUUAGCUCUGCCUGUCUUUGUCAUGUCACAACUUUUUGGGGUUUCAUGCUCAAGGGUUUCAUCCAUCUUUACAACAUGGAUGUUUUGCUUGUAUUAUAUUUUCAAAGACUGUAUCUUAUGGCCUUCUCGAGACAUUGUUAAAAAGUUCAUGCCCAAAUCCUUCAGACAGAGUUACCCUCGGACGAGGGCUAUUAUUGAUUGCUCUGAGAUAUUUAUUCAAAGGCCUAAAAAUCCAACUGUCAAUGCUAGGACUUACAGCACUUACAAAUCUCAUAAUACUUUUAAAUUUCUUGUAAGCAUCACUCCUAAUGGUGCAUUCAAUUUUUUUUCUGAAAUCUGGGGUGGCAAUUCCUCUGAUAGUUACAUAACUGAGCAUAUUGGAUUUUUAGACCUUUUAUCUGCUUCUGAUGAAAUAAUGGCGGAUAGGGUUCACAAUUAG